AUGUCGACAACACUGCCGCCUGCUGGAAACGUAUCGCGGCUGCUAACCAAGUUCGGAGCGUCUACUGCUGCUGCCCCACGACCCGUAUCGCGACCACCGUUUGGCACUUCGGGAAGUUCCGAAUCCAACAUGCCCACCACCGCGUCUUCCCGUGCAAGUAGGCCCGUCUCUCCUACCCGAAGUGGUUCCGGAGAUGGCGCUAGUGCUGGAAUGGGCGGCAUCGAUAUCGGAAACUACGAUGGUGGAUUCGAGAAGGAAGACGAGAGUCGUGGCCAACCGGUGACUGGAGAGGCAGCAUCUGACCUUGCUCUGGAUUCGAGUGCACCAAGCAUCUAUAGCGGUCAUCGCCCCACCCGCGAAUGGCACCUUACCGAUUUCGACAUGGGUCGUCCCCUGGGUAAAGGAAAAUUCGGUCGAGUCUACAUGGUCCGAACAAAAUGCCCUCCCCAGUAUAUUGUUGCCCUCAAGUGUCUUUACAAGUCGGAAAUCGUCCAGUGCCAGGUCGAGAAGCAAAUUCGACGUGAGAUUGAAAUCCAGCAAAACUUGAGGCACCCGAACGUACUUCGGCUCUAUGGAUAUUUCCACGACACGAAGCGCAUUUUCCUAAUGCUCGAAUUUGCCGGAAAAGGCGAGCUGUACAAGCAGUUAUCCAAACAAGGCCGAUUCACCGAGAAACGGAGUAGCCGAUACAUCUACCAAAUGGCCGAUGCCCUAAGCUAUCUUCAUAGCAAACAUGUUAUUCACCGGGAUAUCAACCGAAAUCUUCUCCUUGGUAUUAACGGAGAACUGAAAAUCGGUGACUUUGGUUGGAGUGUUCAUGCGCCUGGCAACCGACGAACAACUUUGUGCGGUACACUUGAUUAUCUCCCACCCGAGAUGGUCGAAGGGCGUCCCCAUACAGAAAAAGUCGAUUACUGGGCGCUCGGCGUGCUCAUGUUCGAGUUCUUAGUCGGCAAACCACCAUUCGAGGACCUCAGUGGACAACGCGCUACGUACACCAAGAUCUCGGCCGUCAGCUUCCAGAUCCCAUCCCACAUCUCCAGUGACGCGGCAGAUUUGAUUCGAAAGCUCCUGCAACACGAUCCCGAACGAAGGCUGCCGCUCACUCAGGUCGCAACUCAUCCUUGGGUUGUUCGCUACAAGCGCAAGAGCGAUGCUAUGCAACUCGAUUAA